UCUAGUCAUGCAGAGGAGUGCGAGAAAUCAGGACCCCUAUAUCUGGGUGCCUCAUUUCACGGUUACAGUGCCAUUUUCGGUGAUGGAGACACCUUAGAACUGUAUUUCAGCAUCGUUAAAGCAGACAUGGCUAUGAAACGAGGGUACUCCAAGGCUAGCUCAGAGGCGAUAAUGCAAAAUGGCGGCGAUGGGAAUACAUCUCCAAAGUCUGAAGAUCAGAGGAAGCGGUCAGUUAGUGAAAUAUCUCAAGAUUCCACGGCAUCAUCUCUGAAGACGUCACCGAGCCCGACUGAUAUUCCAACCCCUAGUCCUCGAUCCAGCCCGAGUCCCAACAGUUUGAAACAAAAUGGUAAGAUGGGUCCUCGUCGAGAUUCGUCCAUUUCCGGGUCUUCAGUGGGAGGACUUUCCCGGAUACCCACAAUUGCCAAAGGAUCUCAGUUAUCCAUGCAGUCCAGUUUUAACCUCGAUCUGGAAUCUGCCCGGGGAACCCCUGUCAAAUCUCCAGAUCCCCCUCCCGCAAACAACUCGGAGAUAAAAAAGAAGAAUGAAACAAAGAGAGAAUCUACCCGCCUUGCAUUGUCUCCUAAAUUGAUUUUACAAGCUGCAAAGAAAAACGAUUCAGAAUCCCUAACCCGACUUUUAACAGAAUUCCCAAACGCGGAUUUAACAGCUGUGGAUGAAAACGGAAAAACCGCCCUGCACUACUGCGCAAACAAUGGAGACGCAAACAAUGCUGACACGCUGCUAUCCCGGGGGGCACAGCCCAACAUGGUGGACAAGAAUGGUAACACCCCCUUACACAUCGCAGCGAAGAAAGACGCCGUAGAAGUAAUAGAAAUGUUAGCGGUCAAUGGUGCUUUGCUGGAUUUCCCGGAUUCUAAAUCUGGCCAGACAGCCCUUCACUACGCAGUUUCAAAAAACUUUCUCUCAAGUGUCCAAAUUCUGAUUUUUAGCGGCGCAGACACAACUAUCAAAGACAAGUUGGGAAAGGCACCCCAUAUGUUCUGCAAGUCCAAAGAGAUGAGGAGUUUGCUUGCUAUGAAUAGUUCUGCUGCACUCAAUUUCUCAAUGGGAGAGAUGAUGCUUCAGACCGUGGAAAUAAUUGGAGGAGCCAAAACGUAUUGUGACAGACUGGAUGUUCACAUCGACUUUGCCUCCGGAGCUGUCGGGGACAAAUUCUCCAUGAUGUGCAGACGACAGCCGAUUGAUUUUUGUGAUAUUAACUUCCAAUUUACUGCGUCAGAAGAAGUUAUUAGUGACGUAAUCACUUAUCGUGUUCAACGGAAGGGACGCAAAACGCUGUGUAUGUUCACAGUACCGAUUUAUGGACAACCCCUAAAGACAGAGGAGGUGGUCAUGAAAUCUAACCAAGGGCAUAAUAUAGUAGUUUCCAAAGUGUUCGAGAAAGAUAAGGUAUAUUACUGUGACGUAUCAGCAAAUUUACCCGAACUGAACGCCUUCGUGUUUGUAACCCGCACGAAGCAGGAGUCUUUCACUGUAUCCUCAGACAGCACCACAAUUACGUCAGAGGUCAAUGAUAACGUCAAAUUGAUUCUACCAAAAGGGACAUUUGAGGAGCCCACUACACUACUGCUUCAGGUGACAGAUCCACCCAAUCCCGAUAUAUUGGAGUCAGCAGAAAUGAAAGACGUUUACUCCCUUACACCAUUCGUGACUGUGCAAACAGAAAAUCAUGUCGGUCCGAAGCAGGAAACUCACAUUCAGCUCCCUCUUCCGGAAGAAUAUGGCGUUGGCGGAUCUAUUAAGGUGUUCACUUCAAAUGUGUAUGAAAUAGAUGACAUCAGUGAAAACAGCUGGACUCUCUUGGAUACAAGAUGUACUGUGUCCAAAAAUGUGAUUUCUUUCGAUGCCAGGUCAUUUUCGUUAAAAGUUGCCGUUGAAACAAAAAAAGAUGUCUCAUUUGAAAAACUUCGCCCUCAAGUCCACUCACUUUUCCAAAGGGCCCGGAAGAGGGAUCACUCUGUUUCGUUUCUUGCAAUGUCCAGACGACUAGACGAAUCGGAUUCCUUCCAGGUGGCUAUUGAAUGUGCUCCACUAGAUAGAGUGGAUACCUGCAAAGAAUUCUGGGUAAAGGAAGGAUUUAAAGAUCAACGGCCUAAGAAAUCACAAUCUUACAUUGUGAAGUCAAAGGAACAGUUUGUAUUAUUUGUGAAAAAUUUGAAAUUGUUAGGAGAUUCGGAAGACAUUAAGUUCCAAUUCCACCCAAGAAGGCGAAAUUUUCAGUGUUUUACCGUGGAAACUUCACAACAGGUCAAAAAAGUGUCGGGUCAGGUCCAAGUGAUGAAGAUUCUUCCUAACACUGACGAAGACCAGAAUAGUGAAACAAAACGAAAAACCAAAAGCAUCACCAAUAUACUCAUUACACUUUCUAAGGAACCGGACAAAGAUGAAGAAGAAGAGGAGGAGGAAGAAAAAGAAAUCGAAACCGUGGCUCCUCCGAUCGUGGAAGCCCCAAAACUCGUAAAACCGCCGGCUGCUAAGCCUAUUACUCCUAGUAGGAACCUGUUGUCAUCAAACGAAGGUCCGAGUGAACCCACAAGUCGAACCUCAAUCGCUGUCUUGAAGGAAAAGAGCUUUGAUUUUACUUUGAGUGAAAAGGGGGAUCCUUCUUUCAAAGGUUUCACGGAUGAUAAAUUCCUUCAGGGUAUAUGCAAGGAAAUGGAUGAAGAAUGGUAUAAGGUGGCGGUUCUCAUGGGGUGGAACUACGCCGACAUUGAGAGAAUGGUCACGGAGAACAACCCUUCACAACAGGAACUCAUUUGGCAUUUUUUAUUAUCCUGGAGAAGCAUGUGUAAGACAAAAGACGAUCUUGGGUUGCCUGUUCUGGUCACGGCGCUUUCUAAGGGAGGGAGAAAAGAUCUAUGUACCAUAAUCACACUUGAUCUCCGAGAUUGGGCAAAAGUUGAAGACAACCAGAAGUCAAAAUUUUACCGAUGGGUGAUCAAGGCAUUUAAUAACUCCGAUUUGAUGAAUCCCGGAGACUAUCCACCCCCACUCUCCGACCAGUUUCUGGUGUUACUUGUGGACAUGACCAGAUGUCAGAUAGAAAUUUUAGAGCCACUAGGUCUGACACAGAAAGAGAUAGAAAAAGUAAUGGCAAGCAAAAGAUACAAAUCGGAGGACGAGAAGAUGUUAAAGAUGUUCAUCAUGGCGCGUGAAAAGGCGACUCUGAAGAAAGAUUUCCUAAAGAAAUUGAUCAAAGUAUUGGAUCAAUAUGGCAUGCGAGAUGCAACGCGAUGGCUGAUCAUUGCCUGUAGAAAGUGGCUUGAAGACAGCGAGCAGAGUGGAGAUCCAUUUUGCGAGGAUGUGCAAAACGUCAUCAAAUCUAUAUGAUGAAAUAUUGAAAUACACAUGGGUGGAAUAUACAGCUUGAAUACACUCAAAUAAAAUGUGGUCUUUCAUUUUGUAUCAAAGAAUCUUAUCUACGGUGAAUUUAUGUUGAUAAUUUUAAGUUUUAUUGUAUUUGUUUUAACAUGCACGUAUCAUUGAAAUAGUAUGUGACGGCUGUGAGACUGUAUCUGUGUGGUAUCAGCCGGUGUUGUGUGGCCAUGUUGUGUAGAAAUAGUAUGUGACGGCUGUGAGACUAUAUCUGUGUGGUAUCAGCCGGUGUUGUGUGGCCAUGUUAUGUAGAAAUAGUAUGUGACGGCUGUGAGACUAUAUUUGUGUGGUAUCAGCCGGUGUGUGGCCAUGUUGUGUAGAAAGUGUAAUUAUUUAUAUACAUAAAGUUUAACAGAAGGGUUCUAUAUGUAGUUGAGAAGAAACCUUUACAUUGCAUUGUGAAACCCUUAACAAAAUGAUUUAGAUAUGUGAUUGUGUUGUGUAUGCCUACAUUUACAUUUAUUAUCAUUUUAUGAGAGUGAUCGAUAACUACUAUGCGAAUUGUAAGAUUGCUGUUGCAGUUACUCAAUGCUUUUGCAUCGUAAUUUACCAGUGCCUUGUUGAAAAAGUGACACAAUUUUAGUUUUGAGUCAUUUUUAUCUUUUUUGUGAGAUAAACUUUCGUGGUUUGCUGGGGGUAAGAGGAAGGGGGGUGGGGGGUGGGGGCUUCAUGUAGUCUUUAUGACCAGAGGUUCCUUUUUUAUAUCAUGUUUUAUUGAGAAUAUGCAUUUCAGGUUGUUUUAAUAUCAAGGACUCAGUGUAUUUUAUAUAUGAUUAAGGCUGUCGUGGUUGUACGAUGUUUAACAUGCAGAAUGUAGUCAUAUAUUUCAACAGUUUUUAUCCUUUUUUAUAAAAUAUUUUGUCAAAUCAAAUCAUUGAUGAGGUUUGUAUCUAUACAUCGUUGUAAAAUGCCUUCUAUAAAAAAUAAUGGAGAAAAUUUUCACUAUUUCUUCAACCACAUUUUUUCUCAAGUGAUACAUGUAUAAACAAUAUGGCUACU